CCAUGGCCGACAACGGCUCCGAGCCGACACCACCGACGCACGUCGCCGAUGGCGGCUACCCCUGGGAGACGCGCAUCGUGCUGAUGCUGGUCCUGCCCGUCGUCAUCCUCUGCACCAUCAUCGGCAACGUGCUGGUGUGCCUGGCCGUCUGCCUGGUGCCCAAGAUCCGCAGCCAGCCGUAUACGGUGCUGUACGUGUCGCUGGCCGUGGCCGACCUGUUCGUGGCCGUGCUGGUGAUGCCGAUCGCGCUGCUGCACCUCUGCGCCGGCACGUGGCGGUUCGGCCGAACUCUCUGCGACGUGUUCGUGUGCGCCGACGUGCUCUCGUGCACGGCCAGCAUCCUCAACAUCUGCGCCAUCAGCGUGGACCGGUACCAGGCCAUCACCGACCCGCUGCAGUACUCGCAACGGCGUAUCGAGAAACUGAUGGCGCUCUACAUUGGCGUGGUGUGGGGCGGCGCCAUCUGCAUCAGCAUCAUCCCCAUCGUCAUCAUCGGUAACGAGCACGGCAAGGACGACAUGUGUGCCGUCAGUCAGAACAUCUACUACCAGGUGUGGGCCACCGUCAUGUCCUUCUACCUGCCGCUGGCCGUCAUGAUUUUCGUCUACAUGAAGAUCCUGAAGGCGGCGCGCAUCAUCAUCAGCCAGGAGCGACGCUCCCAGGGUCACCUGCCACGCCGGCCUGAGCCGGCCGAGGUCAUCAAGAGCGCUUCCGGCUACGACGUGCGCCUGUGUCAAGUGCGCGAUGCGACCGGCCUGCACGGCUGCCUGCGCAAGGGCGCCGUCAACAACAACGUCAGCAGCCGGCCGCGGUGGCGCGCGCGCUUCUGCCCCUGGUCUUUCGAGGUGCCGCGCGAGAAGAAGGCGUCGGUGACGCUGGGUAUCAUCAUGACGGCGUUCAUCCUGUGCUGGCUGCCGUUCUUCAUCCUGGCCGUAAUCCGGCCGUUGGUGGCGCGCGGCAGCAUUCCCAACUCCCUCUCCGACGUGUUCCUGUGGCUGGGCUACUUCAACUCGCUGCUCAACCCCAUCAUCUAUGCCACGUUCAACAAGGACUUCCGCAAGCCGUUCCGUGAGAUUCUGUGCCUCCGCUGCCGCUCGCUGAAGCCGCUGCUGCGGAAGGAGCAGUACCUGGAGCAGUAUGGCUGCUCGCAGGGAUCGGUCGGCUCCCGCGCCGGCCUGCAGGUGGAGCUGGCGGCGGCCGCGCGUGAGGCGUCACGACCACGGCCGGGCGCCAUCCGCCAUCAGUACCGGACCCUCAUCCGUCGGAUCCGCCAUCAGUACCGGACCCUCAUCCGUCCGAUCCGCCAUCAGUACCGGACCCUCAUCCGUCCGAUCCGCCAUCAGUACCGGCUCUCAUAG